GCCUUUUCUUUAAUUUUCUGAAGACUCGAUCUUAUUCACGUCUGGUUGUACUGAUUUCAAAAUGCACUCAGAGUAUUCUUAUGAGAUCGCACUGGGUGAGUUCUGAAAUUCUUGACGGAACCGUCGGAACGUAUGGAUGCGGAGGUUGCAGCAGACAACUGGGAACCUGAAACUGCAAUCUGCGAACAGUUUGCACUGAGAUAUUGCGGUUUGCUAAGUUCUUCGCAGUUUCUUUCUUUUAGUUGCCUCAGUUCCUAUCGUUGCACUUGUAUUUACGUUACAAUAAUAGACAAUAUUAUUAUCAACAGUUUCGUUUUCGACUUUGUCAAAACUUUGAAAUCUGGUGAUUUUCUUACAGCUUUGAACUAGACGCGACGCGAGCAGCUCUUCUACGGGGAGACACAGCAACGCAAGAGCAUAUACGAUUAAAUAUCUGCCAGAAUGUUGAUCCCGCAGUUGCUGUCGUUGAUUUUAUGCUCGAAGCCCGAGUCGAAGGAGUAGCACUAGGUGUGCGGGUACUGGUGUUCGCGAGAAGAGGAUCGCUGCAGCGUUAUGCCAGCCGGAUGAUGCCGAUAAUAAACACCCAGCUGGAAGGAAACUCUCUGGCUCGCGUUUUAAACGAAACGGUUGCUGCGGUUACGAACGGGAAUGCUCACCACGCGCCUGCCCCAGUUGAAGAAGUUCUGCGGUUUCGUAUUCGCCUACGUGCAGCAGAUGCCGAGAGAAUCCGCACCGGGACUAUCAGCGAAGACGCCGUCCGCUCUAAUCUGGUUGCGCGCAUCCCUGCGGAACUGACUGACGUGGUGGUGGAAUGUUGUGCUACCAGAAUCCCACUUAUGAUAGCGGUUAGUGUUAGAGCUCCGGAAGAGCGGCGUGUGGAGCUGUAUGGCAUGAAAUACUCGUACAAAUUUUCAGUGCAGCGUUUUUUGGAGACCAGAAUAUUGAGCGGUUGGUCGGCAUUUAACUCGUGUGCGUGUGGAUUUAUCCUGCCUACUUUCAGUUGCUACUUAAAGUCUUACUAACAGUUUGUUUGGAUUUGGAAUUUUCUGGCCGAGUCAAUGAGAAACUCACGCAAUGUAUGGCUGAUGAACGGGAAUUCGUUUGUUAUUAUUCACUCAGAUGCUCGAUCUAGACGCUGGUGAGUUGAUUUUUGCCAGAACACACUAUUGGUUAAAAUGUUGGAUUGUGUCCUAGCAGCCAUUACAGGUUCAGCCAUUACAGGUUCAGCCAUUACAGGUUAGAAAAUUCAUAUUUGUGCGCAUGGAAUCGAACUCGCUUUAUGCCGAUUGCAUAAUGACGUAUUUGCAGUUGAUAAUUUCGAACUGUCUGGAAUUAAUGUGAUCUGGACUUUUCGUAUUGUUGCAGCCGCUAGUUGGAAACUUGGAGGACGUCAAAUGAUCAUUUUCGCCCGAAUCGCGGUGAGCCGCAACACCCGGCUGUCCAUGGAGUCCAGUCUGGCUUUGUAUAAACAGCGCGGAGAAGGGGCGCGGCAGCAGCGUUUGAAUUCGGCACAAUGAAGGAAUGUUUGUUGGGACUCUCCAUGCAGCUCUGUAAUUUUGUUGGCAUGUGUUGAGCCUUUUUAUUUGUGGUAAAUUUUUAAUUUAAAAUAUUUGUACUUUUGAUGCAAAUUUGUGUUGUUAAAAGAGGUAGUUUUUAAAUUUUCAAGUUUUAAUCAUUUGUACGGCGAUCACUGUAUAGCCAGAAUUGUUAAGAAAUACUUUCUCGUCGCUUGUGAGUUGUGAUGCCAGGCGCCUGCUUUAUUCUUGCUGUUUUACGCACGAUG